AUGUAUACUUAUAUAUAUACUUUUUUUUUGUAUUUAUGGUUUUAUCUCAGAAUUUAUGGAUGGUAUUUGGUAUUUAGUUCUGUAAUUUUGUAUUAUAUAUAUGUAAAAUAUUUUAAAAAAGUAAUUGACGAAUACAUUGAAAAAAAGAAUUAUGAAAAGAUAAAAAAGUUUGAUGAUAUGGUGAAUGAGAAAUAUUUAAAAAAUCUUCAAGAAGCAAGAAAGAGAGUUCAAGAAAUGUAUGAAUUAAAAAAAUCAAAGUACAAAGAGGAAGAAGAUAAUCAAAAAAAGGCUGAAUUAGAAGAAAAAAUUCAUACUCUUGAUGAAAAAAUUAAUAAGAUGACAAAACUGAAAGGAUUUGAAGGAGUUGGUCAUAAAGUUUAUUAA